AUGACAAUAGCUCCUCGUAUCGAAAUCUAUACAAUCCUCGCGUGUAGCGUGCACAAGCCGGAUAUCUUUCGACAGAGCUUCCCUGGGCUAGAGCUUGGUCUACAGUCCACGUCUUCUCAUCUAUCCCCGGAGGUCGACCUUCCUUUAUUGCCAUCUAUGCACACAACGCCGUUAAAUGGACGUCUUGCCCCGAUAUAUAUCCCUGAUGUUUCUUCGAUACCCGAUACCCUCGUGAAGGGAAACUCCUCGUCGCCUCCGAACCACAGAAAUCUAUGCAUGUCUGACCCAGUCGUCCAAGCCGCCGUCGCGCAGUUGACAGCUGUUAUUGCUGCAGUCAUGGGCAUUCUAAGCUGCAUCACCACUGGGUGGUGGGGUGCCUUCUCUGAUCGGCAUGGACGACCACUCGUUAUGGGCUUAUCUGUCCUUGGACUUCUUUUCACAGAUUUCAUCUUCCUUUUUGUCGCCCUAAACUCGAAACGCGUACCUGGAGGGUAUUGGUUUCUCGUAGUUGGCCCCCUCGUUGAAGGGUCGCUCGGAGGGAUGGCCACCGGAGUCGCAGCUUGUCAUGCGUACAUGGCCGACACCUCGAACGAAAACAACAGGAAAAUCUUCUCUUUCAGUCUUGGCCUUAUGUUCACCGGGUUCGCUGUUGGCCCCGCCCUCGGAAGUCUCCUCAUCCGCUUCACCGGUCAUGUUCUCUCGGUGUUCUUUGCAGCUGCAGCCUCUCACAUCCUCUACACCAUACUUGUCUUCUUCAUCCUUCCUGAAUCAGUCUCCCAAAAGCAGAUGGCGCUUGCGAAGGCUCGAUACGCGGCCGAACUUCUUGAUCACGCUCAGGAACGGGAGCGGAAUCCUGCUGUUGGGGUUCUUGUAAAGAUUAGGCGCUUGUUCGCCUUCUUGAGCCCGUUGACUGUCUUUUUACCCGGAGAGGCGAAGACGAAGCCGGAUGGGAACCCGUUGAAGAAGCCGAAGAAAGAUUGGAAUUUGACGCUUAUGGCUCUUGGAUACGGGUUCACCAUUACGAUCAUGGGCUCGUACUCGACGAAAUUCCAAUACGCCGCUUCGACAUUUGGAUGGACUGCAGAAACUUUGGGGUAUUGGUUAAGUUUGGUCGGCGCCACACGAGCUUUCUUCUUGACGGUCAUCUUACCGGUGGCCAUCAAAUUGUUCAAGCCGGAGCCCGUCGUCAUCGAGCUCCCAGCUGCGCCUGAAGAAUCCUCGCCCCUUCUUUCUUCUUCACCGGGGCCCUCUUCCUCGACCACCACCCUUCCGCGGCCGACGAUUAAGAAAGAGAUCCACUCUCCUGCUUUCGACCUCGCGCUCGCACGUAUCUCCCUCCUCAUAGAGAUUAUCUCGUACACGUUGAUGGCACUGUCACCGAGCGCGCUGGCUUUCACUGUUUUCGGCAUCCUCGGUUCUCUUGGGACGGGUUUCAGUCCUGCGGUACAAAGCGUGACGCUUGCGCUUUACGCGAGGAGAGGCGGAACAGAGAGCGGACGCUUAUUCGGCGCCAUGAGCGUAGUUCAGGCUUUGUGCUCUCAAAUUUUGGGUCCCCCGAUGUACAGCUUCGUGUACAUGAAGACCGUCGCGACCUUCCCACGCACCAUAUUCUUCGUGACUGUCGCCACAUUAUGCAUCUCGUUCUUGCUCUACGCGUUCGUACGGGUACCUGGCGAGGAGGAGUAUCAUCGCGGAGGUGCCACCGACCCCGAGGAGCACUCUAGCACGAGCCACAGCCCUGGGAUGUCAGGCGGCGUUGAAGCCACCGGUGUUGAGAGGGAUGCGACACUUGUCGGUGAAGAAGCCCGGGGAUUCAAGCGGAAUGUGAGUUCAUAUGGAUCUACGUAA